AUGCGCAUAGCAACGUACAACCUGCGGUACGACUCUCAGCCAGACAGGAUAUCUGUUCGCGAGUCUAUUGAAGCCCUGCCGAAUCCGCUGGAACGACCGCGCUUUCUUGGACGGUCGGGAGAGGUGCCUUGGAGUACGAGGAGAUUGAAGGUAGCACAACAGCUGUUGCAGGAGGAGCCCAACUUGAUUGCCUUCCAGGAAUCCCUAGUCAGGCAAGUUUACGACCUGGCAGAGUUACUUGGGGAUGACUGGGCCUGGGUCGGCGUAGGACGCGACGACGGCAAGCAAGCCGGCGAAUUCUGUCCUAUCUUCUACAAGAAGUCGGAUCUGACAUUGGUCCAUCAUGAAUCCUUCUGGCUCUCGGACAAGCCAUUCGAGCCAUCGAGGUAUCCCGACGCAGGCUCCUUCCGCGUGUGCGAGGUCGCCCGCUUCAAGACAUCCACGAAGACCUUUACGAUCCUUAACUCACACCUGGACGACCGCUCCGACGCCCAGCGCCGCCUCGCCGCUUCGAUGCUCCUCGCGCGCGCCCGCUACGAAGCGCACACCACCUCCGGCCCCGUCUUCAUCACCGGCGACUUCAACAGCGCGUCGCACGGGUACGACUCGGGCGCAUACCAGAUCGUCACGGGCGUGGUCCCGCCUGUGCCCAUCAACGAGACGUUCGCGGAGAAGUACAAGGUCCCCACGCGCGGAGACGAGAAGGACGCGUUCGUGGGGGUGGACUUGAAGGCGGAGACGCCGCGCAUGCGCGUGUCGGGCGACUUCGCAACGUUCACGGGCUUCAACCGCCCCGGGGACCCGAGCGUGUACACGAGGAUCGACUUCGUGUUCGGCGGGAGCAACGGCGGAUGGACCGCGGACGCGUACAAAGUGGGGACGUCGUUGACGGACGAUGGUGUCCUUGCUAGCGAUCAUCGACCUGUAUACGCAGAUGUGACGAUUUGA